AACCGACUUAUAACUUAAUCCCGUUUGACACGUUGCAAUGUUGGAGUUAGCCUUCCUCUUCCAUCGCCAGCCAAAACUAAUAAUAUAAUUAACACCCUGUCAGAAAGAAAAAGAAAAAGAAAACUAAUAAUUAACACACGUCAAAGAGACCAGAUCAAGUUUUAUUUCACGAGACAUCUCUCUCACUCGGGCUUCCCUGUUCUUCCGCUUCCUCCGUGCCGAAGGAGAAACAUGGGAAAUUAGGCUUUGUUUACUAAUUACUAUUCGUCUCUGUCUACUCUUCGCCUUUGGCAGACUUUUCUCGAUUCCAACCCUCCUCGUCCUCCAUCCCAACCUGCAACUAUCCGGUAGCAAGAUGAUUGCGAUUCCCUACUUGACGGCGUUGAGCACCUACUUCAGCUACGGCCUGCUCUUCGCUUUCGGCCAAUUGCGUGAUUUCUUCCGGAAGAUCGUUGAUUGGUGGCGCGCCAGCACCCUUGACGGAUAUGCACCCAUCUGUUUAGGGCUCGAAGACUUUUAUAUUCGACGCUUGUAUCUUCGGAUUCAGGACUGUUUUGGACGACCAAUAUCUAGUGCUCCUGAUGCUUGGUUUGAUGUUGUUGAGCGUUACUCGAAUGACAACAACAAGACGUUGAAACGAACUACCAAGACAAGCAAGUGUCUCAACUUGGGUUCCUACAACUAUCUCGGCUUUGCAGCAGCCGAUGAAUAUUGCACUCCCCGUGCCAUCGAGUCCCUAAAGAAGUUCGCGGCAAGUACCUGCAGCACUCGUGUUGAUGGGGGAACUACGAUGUUGCAUACUGACCUAGAGGAAUGUGUUGCGAGGUUCGUUGGGAAGCCUGCUGCCGUGGUAUUUGGGAUGGGUUAUGUGACAAACUCUGCCAUUCUCCCUAUUCUGAUGGGGAAGGGAGGGCUAAUAAUUAGUGAUUCUUUGAACCAUAACUCCAUUGUUAAUGGUGCUCGAGGCUCUGGGGCAACAAUACGUGUUUUCCAACAUAAUACUCCAUCUCACUUGGAGACAGUGUUGAGAGAGCAGAUUGCGGAAGGGCAGCCCAGGACACAUAGACCUUGGAAGAAGAUAAUGGUUAUUGUGGAAGGUAUUUAUAGCAUGGAAGGGGAACUGUGCAAACUGCCCGAGAUUGUUUCAAUUUGCAAGAAAUAUAAGGCCUAUGUGUACCUAGAUGAGGCUCACAGCAUUGGAGCUGUUGGGAAAUCUGGGAGAGGUGUCUGUGAACUCUUAGGAGUGGAUACUGCAGAUGUGGAUGUCAUGAUGGGAACUUUUACAAAAUCAUUUGGAUCUUGCGGGGGUUAUAUUGCUGGAUCAAAGGAACUUGUACAAUAUCUCAAGUACACUUGUCCAGCUCAUCUGUAUGGAACAGCAAUAUCACCUCCUGGCGCCCAACAAAUAAUCUCUUCGAUAAAGGUCAUUCUUGGAGAGGAUGGUUCUAAUAGAGGUACUUUUGGCACUUGGUUUUCCUCAAUGCAUUUCUUUGGGAGCAUGAGUUGGGCCCAAAAACUUGCUAGAAUUCGUGAAAACAGCAACUUCUUCAGAUCGGAAUUGCAGAAAAUGGGUUUCGAGGUUCUGGGGGAUAAUGAUUCUCCCGUAAUGCCAAUAAUGCUCUACAAUCCAGCCAAAAUCCCUGCAUUCUCCAGGGAAUGUCUAAGGCAGAAGGUGGCUGUAGUCACAGUUGCUUUUCCAGCAACUCCUUUGCUUUUGGCGAGAGCACGUAUAUGCAUAUCCGCUGCUCAUACUAAGGAAGACCUUGUGAAGGCCCUGGAGGUUAUAAGUGGAGUUGGUGACCUUGUGGGCAUCAAGUACUUCCCAGCUGAACCCAACAAGCAACACCAAGAGCAUGGUACCAUCAAGUUGGAGUAACCAAGGAACUUACAACGAUGUUGCAGCAGUUAUCUUACAGAAAAUGCCCCCCGUCUUUUGCUUCCAUAUCAGCGACUGAGAUGUGUAACCGAGUACUGGUUGUAUUCCAUACUUCUGCAAGCGUUAGCUACGAGCAAUAUUGUUCCGGGGCAUUUCAAAAUUGCUCGUGCAUUGUUUAGUUUUCUUGUACCCUCCAGGGAUUUUUUACGGUCUUCUGUGCAUUCUCUGAUCAUUCUUUCUAGUUCCCCAUAUACAGCAGUUCUCCCUAUGAAUUUCCUUCCGACUUUGUUUGUCCAUUACAGAAAAUAACGGUGCAUAAUUUUCGCCCAAGAUUCAGAGCU